UUUUAUUCCAAACCAACACAGGAAUCAUUUUGGGAUGGACAGAAAGAUACCCUUCAUUUGCACGCGAACAAACGACAUGGAGAAAGUGACUAAUGAGUAUAGAUAGCAAGGUUUAGGGAAACAGUGGCUGUUAGAGGAAGCUAUGAUUGUAAUUGAAGAUUAAUGCUCAGUAUUGGAUUUUGUUCUUAAAUUAACUUUCACCAUCAGGUUGCUUCUUUACAAGUUACAAGACUCAGUAAACACUUAAGCAGGGAGUGAUUACAGAAAUGGAGGUGCACUCAAAUAGUUCAUUUGAAAACAUAAGUGAAGGAAAGGAUUUGGUGAGAUUCCUGAGCGAGAUGCUAGAAGGAGUGGAGCUUCCUGAAGAGUCUUUAGUCUAUGAACAAUGUAUCUACAGAGUUCCCCACAAAAUUCGUCAAGCAAAUGAUGAAGCAUAUAAUCCUCGUGUUGUUUCCAUUGGCCCCAUUCACCACCCAUUUCGACCCAGUGGCAACAAUAGACUGAAACCAAUGGAGGAGCUCAAACUGCAGUAUCUCAAGAGCUUUCUCAAUGGGGCUCAGCUAAGUGUUGGGGAAUGUGUUUCCAAACUGAAGGACUUGGAAAUAAGCAUUAGGCGGUGUUAUGCGGAGCCAAUUCAACAUAGCAGCGAUGAUUUCUUAAAGAUGGUGCUAAUUGAUGCUUGUUUCAUAAUUGAGCAUUUUCUUAGAUAUUAUAGUUUCCAAGAUUGGAUCAAAAGGGACCCUUUAUUCCUAAAACCAUGGCUGGCAAACGAUGUUGCGCUUGACUUGAUCCUACUUGAAAAUCAGCUCCCUUUCUUUGUUCUUGAAGGAUUGUACAACCUAGCAAUUGCUCCUCAUGCAACUGCUGGUUUGCCCUCUUUUGUUGAUGUUACUUUCAACUAUUUUAAACCACACAACCAACAAAACAUAGAACCUUCAAAUGUACGUGUGCAACAUUUCACUGAUCUUCUAAGGAUUUUCAUGUUACCCUCAUCGGUUGAUGGUGGACUACCAGAAAGAAGAGUGGAUGUGGCUCAUCAUCUAUAUAAUGCAAGCCAACUAUUAGAGGCAGGUUUAGUUUUCAAGGUUAGUCCAAAUAAAUGCUUACUUGAUUUGAAAUUUCACAAGGGUGUGCUGAUGAUGCCGUGCUUUAAGGUACAUAGCUCAACUGAGGUAUUUAUCAGGAAUAUAGUUGCAUUUGAGCAAUGUCACCAUCCUACUUCACCCUACAUCACUGAGUACAUAAAGAUUCUAGAUUUUUUGAUCGACAAAGAGAAAGAUGUGAACAUACUAGUUGACAAGAAAAUUAUUGUUAGCUUGCUGGGUGAUGAUGAUGCAGUAGCUACAAUGGUCAAUAAUCUAUGCUCAAAUGUCACCUUGCCACACAUCAACUCUGAAUAUCGCUCUCUGUGUGAUCAAUUGAACGGUUUCUAUGAAAACCCUCGCAACAAAUAUAAGGCAAUCUUCAUACACGAGUACUUCAAUACUCCUUGGAAAAUAGCAUCUACAAUUGCUGCAAUUUCGCUACUUUUGCUUACCUUGAUUCAGACCGUAUGUUCCAUCAUAUCAUUAUUUCAAGGCUGAAAUAUUAUGCAAUAUCAAUUCUUAAGUCUUAACUACUGUUUUGUAAUAUCACUUGUAAGAUUCUUAACUUUCCUUAUACAGUGUAAGAAAAUCUGCAUGACUUUCUCUCUGUUAA